AUGAUCUUUGUUUUAAUUGAACUAGGAAGUUCACUUACUUCAAAUGAAUGUAAUGAAAUUCUGAUUAAUAUACAGAAAGAACAAUUUGAAAAUAUGUCUGAUAAAUGUGAUAUUAGUAAGCGAAAUAAUUCACGAUUAAUUCUUAUAGAUGAUCGAUUAGCUCGAAUACGAUGGAGACAUCUAAAAUUCGGUCAUAAAGCAACAAAACUUAUACAAAAUAGUAAACCAUUAGGUUUUAAUAUUGAAGAAGAAGAAGAGGAUUAUUUCGUUCAUUUAAAUUAUUUCCGUGAAGCACAACAAAAUGAAUUAAAAGAAUAUCCUAAUUCUGGUGUAUCUACAAAUACCGUUACUACUGAAGAAUUAUAUGAACAUCUGUUGUCAAUUCGAUAUUGUUAUCCACGUUCAUUACAAUCAAUUAUCAUAUAA